CACAAACUAGUCCUAAUACAAAAGUGGCGCUACUUAAAAGCAUUGCAUAGCCUGAUAGCCACGGUUCCCCAUAACAUUAACCACCCAGUAUAUAUAUGAGCCCCCCUCUACCCUUUUGCUUGCUCUCCUCCCCCUCUCUAAUUAAUUACUCUCAUUUUCCAAGCAAUUACUCUUCAUUUACCCCAUCUCACCCUCUACAUAUAUUAGUAGUAGUCCUGAGUGAAAGAUAGUCAGAGGAGAAGCCAUCAAGAAACUCAAGCUGCCAAGUUAGCAUGGCCAAGACUGUGCUUAAAAAGAAGACCACGGGUUCAAUCCGGUCCAUUUUCAUGCAUGCUGAUGGUGCUGAUAAAUUGCUCAUGACUCUUGGCUUCAUUGGUACUGUUGGUGAUGGUUUCUCCAUGCCUGUCAUGUUGUAUACCACUAGCAUGCUCAUGAAUGAUAUUGGGGGCACUUCCUCUGGAGUUGAUGCUCAGUUCACACACAGCAUCAACAAGAAUGCUUUGUCUUUGUGCUACUUGGCCUUGGGUCAACUUGUUGUUUGUUUUUUUGAGGGAUAUUGCUGGACAAGAACAGCAGAGAGGCAAGCUUCAAGAUUGAGAGCAAGGUAUUUGAAAGCAGUGCUUAGGCAAGAUGUCGGUUACUUUGAUUUGCACGUCACAAGUAUUUCUGAAGUUAUUACCAGCGUGUCUGGCGAUAGCCUAGUAAUUCAAGAUGUUAUCAGUGAAAAGAUACCUGUGUUUGUGAUGAAUGUGGCAUCAUUUAUCGGGGCGUAUGUGGCCGCUUUCUUGAUGUUGUGGAGACUUGCCAUAGUCGGGUUGCCAUUUUUGGUGAUUUUGAUUAUACCUGGAUUGAUUUAUGGGCGCACGUUAAUGGGAAUUGCAAGGAAGAUGAGAGAAGAAUAUAACAAAGCAGGGACUAUAGUAGAGCAAGCAAUAUCAUCAAUCAGAACAGUUUAUUCAUUUGUUGGGGAGAGUAAAACGAUUACAGAAUACUCUGCUGCACUUGAAGGGACAGUAGAUUUGGGACUUAAACAAGGUUUAGCAAAAGGCUUGGCGAUUGGAAGUAAUGGCCUUGUGUUUGCUAUUUGGGCCUUCAUGUCUUUUUAUGGUAGCAGAUUGGUGAUGUACCAUGGCGCCCAUGGCGGGACAGUUUUUGCUGUUGGUGCUGCCACUGCUAUAGGUGGAUUAUCACUUGGUGCUGCUUUAUCGAAUAUGAAGUACUUCUCAGAAGCCACUGCAGCUGGAGAACGGAUACUGGAAGUAAUAAACAGAAUACCGAAAAUUGAUUCAGACAACAUGGAAGGUGAAAUACUAGAGAAUGUAUCUGGGGAGGUGGAAUUCAAACACAUUGAGUUCGCAUACCCUUCAAGACCAGAAACUAUAAUAUUCAAGGACUUGAACCUCAAGAUUCCUGCGGGGAAGGCAGUGGCAUUGGUAGGUGGGAGCGGCUCUGGGAAGUCAACAGUAAUAGCAUUGUUGCAGAGAUUUUAUGAUCCAGUAGGGGGAGAAAUAAUGGUGGAUGGAGUAGGCAUAGAGAAGUUGCAGUUGAAAUGGCUGAGGUCACAAAUGGGGCUGGUAAGUCAAGAGCCAGCAUUAUUUGCAACAACAAUAAAAGACAACAUACUUUUUGGCAAAGAAGAUGGAAGCAUGGAGGAGGUUAUUGGGGCGGCCAAAGCUGCAAAUGCUCAUAACUUCAUUAGUCAGUUGCCUCAGGGUUAUGAUACCCAGGUGGGAGAAAGGGGAGUGCAGAUGUCAGGAGGACAAAAGCAACGAAUAGCAAUAGCUCGAGCAAUAAUAAAAGCACCCCGUAUUCUACUUCUAGACGAGGCCACCAGCGCUCUGGACUCCGAGUCUGAACGUGUUGUACAAGAAGCACUUGACAAGGCCUCUGUUGGUCGCACAACCAUCAUUAUUGCCCAUAGACUCUCAACUAUCCACAAUGCUGACCUCAUUGCUGUUGUCCAAGAUGGUGAAAUAAGAGAAACUGGAUCACACAAUGACCUCAUUCAAGACCCAAAUAGCCUCUACUCAAUUUUAGUCCACCUUCAACAUUCACAAAAAAACUGUGUGCCAUUGUCCACCAGUACUAAUUAUAAAGUUGCUUCAAUAUCAAACGUUGACAUCAAUAAUACGAGCAGUCGAAGAAUAUCUAUGGUUAGCCGAUCAAGCUCAGCCAACUCAAGAGGAGGUGAGUAUGUUAAUCUUGACAACAAACAUCCUACUGAACAAAUUUUUCCAGUACCAUCAUUUAAAAGACUACUAGCAAUGAAUCUUCCUGAAUGGAGGCAAGCUAUAUUAGGGAGUUGUGGGGCGAUUUUAUUUGGUGCCAUUCAGCCUGUUUAUGCUUUCGCUAUGGGUUCUAUGAUAUCAGUGUAUUUUUUGCCUGAACAUGAUGAAAUCAAGGAGAAAACAAGAAUAUAUGCUCUGUGUUUCGUUGGGUUGGCAGUGUUCUCUUUUCUUUUUAACAUAAUUCAGCAUUAUAACUUUGCUGCUAUGGGUGAGUACUUGACAAAGAGGAUCAGAGAAAGAAUGUUGUCCAAAAUACUCACUUUCGAGAUUGGUUGGUUUGAUCAAGAUGAGAAUUCUAGUGGUGCUGUUUGUUCUAGACUUUCCAAAGAUGCCAAUGUGGUGAGGUCUCUGGUGGGUGAUCGCAUGGCACUUGUAGUUCAGACAUUGUCAGCAGUUAUAAUAGCUUGCACUAUGGGCCUAGUAAUUGCAUGGAAGCUUGCACUUCUGAUGAUUGCCGUUCAACCCCUUGUAAUUGUUUGCUUUUACUGCAAACGUAUUUUGCUUAAAAAUAUGUCAUCCAAGGCCAUAAAAUCACAAGACGAGUGUAGCAAGCUGGCUGCUGAAGCUGUUUCAAAUCUCAGAACUGUCACAGCCUUUUCAUCUCAGUCACGAAUACUCAAAAUGCUCGAAAAAGCCCAAGAAGCCCCACGGCGUGAAAGUGCUAGACAGUCGUGGUAUGCAGGUAUUGGUCUUGGAGUUUCUCAAAGUCUCAUGUCAUGCACAUGGGCCUUAGACUUUUGGUAUGGUGGCAAACUCAUUGCUGAUGGGGAGAUUAGUUCCAAAGCCCUCUUUGAGACUUUUAUGAUAUUAGUAAGUACUGGUCGAGUUAUAGCUGAUGCUGGAGCUAUGACCAAUGAUCUCGCCAAAGGUUCUGAUGCUGUUGGGUCAGUUUUUGCUGUGUUGGACCGAUACACGCUCAUUGAACCUGAAGACCCCGAUGGCCAUAAGCCUGAAAAAGUAAUGGGCCACGUCGAGCUCCGGGAUGUAGACUUUUCAUACCCCGCGAGGCCAGAUGUGCCAAUUUUUGCAGGUUUCACAAUCAAGAUUGAAGCAGGGAAAUCAACAGCAUUAGUGGGGCAAAGCGGGUCUGGUAAGUCAACCAUAAUAGGGUUGAUCCAAAGAUUCUAUGAUCCACUCAAUGGUUCAGUAAAAAUUGAUGGGAAAGAUAUAAGAUCAUUUCACCUUAGAUCCCUGAGGAAAUACAUCGCACUUGUCAGUCAAGAACCUACAUUGUUUGCUGGAACCAUACGUGAAAACAUCACCUAUGGAGCAUCUGAGGAGACCGACGAAAUAGAAAUCAUCGAGGCAGCCAAGGCAGCGAAUGCUCAUGAUUUCAUCACCGGACUAAAAGAUGGAUAUGAAACAUGGUGUGGUGACAGAGGAGUACAGUUAUCUGGGGGUCAAAAGCAACGCAUUGCCAUCGCCAGAGCAAUCCUAAAAAAUCCAGCCGUGCUUUUGUUAGAUGAAGCUACAAGUGCUCUUGAUAGUCAAUCAGAGAAAGUGGUGCAAGAUGCACUAGAGCAUGUCAUGGUGGGGAGGACCAGUGUGGUAGUGGCACAUAGAUUGAGUACAAUACAAAAUUGUGACACAAUUGCAGUGCUGGACAAAGGAAAGGUUGUUGAAAAUGGAACCCACUCAGCCUUGCUAGCAAAGGGAUCCACUGGUGCCUACUACGCGUUGGUUAACCUUCAAAGAAGAGCCGACACUAACAACUGAAAGCUUUGAUUUUUGUAAUCAAGCUUCUGGUUUUUUCCAUCAAGUAGUUGGUCUGAUGGAGAUGUAGUAAGGCCUGACAUAGCAUAUAUUAUAGGAAACAACAUCCAAGGAGCAGGGAAAACAUGUUUAUUCAACAUCAAUGUUGCGUAAGCUAUAUCUUUUUAUGUAAAGAAAUUCAGCUGAAUGAUUGCGUUAUGAGCAAUAAAUAACAUGUUUUGCCUUUA